AUGGAAAUCGUGGAGUCGCCGCGCAGCUCAAUUGCCAUGACUUUCUACCCUCGCUCUCCCCUGCUCGAUACCCCGCUGACGCCGCCCGAGUUCAAGCUCUCGGAGGUGCCCGCGGGGACGCAGGACGUGCUGCGCGAGGCGGAGCAUCGGGCACGCGCGCUCGGCGGGGGCGAGACGUUGCAGGUUAUCGCGACGCAGGUGCACGCGACGCGCCGGGUGCUGACGAAGUACCGGCACAUCACGGUGGUCGUCGACACGGAGGCGAAGCGGAGGCACACUACUUCGUGGACGGACGGGGUGCAGCUGAUCAAGAGUAUCUGCGAAGAGAUCCUGCAGAAGUUGCGGGACCCCGCGAACGCGCGCGACGACGAGUGGCUUAGCAGGCGAAGGCAAAGGCUAACUCGCUAUCUGACGCAACUACUAAAAGCCACGAAGGACAUCAUCGCGGACAAGCGGCGUGAAUACGAAGUCCUCAUCAGAAUGUAUAAUGAGCGGAAGAACUUCGUCUUCGCCAACAUCCGCGCGAUGGAGGUUGACUACGACGCUCUGAGGGAGAUGCGGCACUGGUGUGGAGUGGAAGCAGCGCGGCGUUAUGUUCGGCAGGAUUAUUACUGA